AUGGCAACCGCCUCGUGUGUUUUUGAGGACCGUUUUUUGGUCAGGUCCAUUGACAAGUCCAAGUUUGAGCGUGUUGCUCGAAUUAGUGCCAAGAGCACGGGUUUCGACGCGGAGCUCCUUCUAGAUGUGAAUUCGGACCUGCUUCCAGUAAAUAACAAAGCGAUGCUUCACAUUCUCAUCACGAAUUCUCUCCUGCCUAGCGGUUCGGAUGUAAAUUUGAGCGAAUGCAACGACAUUCCUACCCUUUUGGGAGACUAUGAGUACGCGAUGUACGGCAAAAUAUUUAAAUUCGAGGAAAUUUCCUCAGAGACUCGGACGAUAUACGCCUCUUUUGGGGGUUUGCUAAUGUCAUUGACGGCUGACAAGCAGGUUGUUGCGGAUUUGGAGCUCGACAUGAAGAUUUACCUCUUGGUCAGGAGGAUUACCGCGAAUAGAUAG